GGCACCUGCAGGUGGCGCUGGACAGGCCUUUGACAAAGAGGCGGGGUCUGAGGGGGAGAGCAGGCUUGGCGCUCCAGGGCUAGGACACCUUGUGGGGCUGGCCGGUCCCCGCAGCAGCUGCGCCGCAACUUACCGUCUGGUCGCGCCGAGGAGCGGAAUUAAUGGAGAGCAGACGAGACAUUACAAACCAAGAAGAACUUUGGACAAUGAAGCCUAGGAGAAAUCCAGAAGAAGAUGAUUACUUGGAUAAGGACUCUGGAGAGACCAGCAUGCUGAAAAGAACUGUGUUUUCGCACAUGCACCAAACAACCCACUUUGAUGGAUUUGACUGCCCCUCCGAGCUUCAGCACAAACAAGAACUCUUUCCAGUGUGGCGCUGGCCAAUUAAAAUUGCUGCUGUCAUAUCAUCUCUGACUUUCCUUUACACUCUCCUGAGGGAAAUAAUUCACCCUUUUGUAACUUCCCACCAACAGUAUUUUUAUAAAAUUCCAAUCCUGGUCAUCAACAAAGUCUUGCCAAUGGUGUCCAUCACCCUCUUGGCGCUGGUCUAUUUGCCAGGGGUGAUAGCAGCCAUGGUACAGCUUCAUAACGGAACCAAAUAUAAGAAAUUUCCACAUUGGUUGGAUAGAUGGAUGUUAACAAGAAAACACUUGGGGCUUCUCAGUUUCUUUUUUGCUGUGCUGCAUGCAAUUUAUAGUUUAUCCUAUCCAAUGAGGCGAUCCUACAGAUACAAGUUGCUCAACUGGGCAUAUCAACAGGUCCAACAAAAUAAAGAAGAUGCCUGGAUUGAGCAUGAUGUUUGGAGAAUGGAAAUGUAUGUGUCUCUGGGAAUUGUGGCACUUGGAAUACUGGCUCUGUUAGCUGUGACAUCCAUUCCAUCCGUGAGCGAUUCUUUGACAUGGAGAGAAUUUCACUAUAUUCAGAGUAAGCUAGGAAUUGUUUCCCUUCUUCUGGGCACAAUACAUGCAUUGAUUUUUGCCUGGAAUAAAUGGGUAGAUAUAAAACAAUUUGUGUGGUACACACCUCCAACUUUUAUGAUAGCUGUCUUCCUUCCGAUUGUUGUCCUGCUCUGCAAAGCCGUACUGCGCCUGCCAUGCCUGAGGAAGAAGAUACUGAAGAUUAGACAUGGUUGGGAAGAUGUCACCAAAAUUAAUAAAACUGACAUAUCUUCCCAGUUGUAGAAUCACCGUUUACACACAUUUUUGUUCAAUUGAUAUAUUUUACCAUAAAUGUUUCAGAUUUGUAUUUGUUUGAUAAAGUGACCACUUGAGGGUCUUAAUGUAUCUCUU